AAUAUUAUGUCAAAAAAAUUGUCAUAAUUUUUCUAGAGCCCGACCAUCCAAAUCUCCUUGUCACCGACUCACAACUAAUUUCAAUGGAUUUCGUCAAAGAUCUCGACAAUCGCCUUUUGUUUGCUAUACCAAAGAAAGGACGUCUCUAUGAGCAAUGUCUUACCUUGCUCCACGGAUCUGAUUUGCAGUUCCACCGCAAGAAUCGAUUGGAUAUUGCUCUUGUUACCAACCUUCCCGUCGCUCUCAUUUUCCUGCCCGCUGCCGAUAUUCCAAAAUAUGUGGCUGAAGGUAACAUCGAUAUGGGUAUCACCGGUCAAGAUAUGGUCGCUGAAAACGAAUCCAUUGAUGAGGUUGAGGAAAUUCUUGAACUUGGAUUCGGAAAAUGCAGCUUGUGCGUUCAAGUUCCCCUUGCUGGUGCAAACCAGACUGUCGAAUCUUUGGUCGGUCGUCGAGUAGUUACCAGUUUCGAAGUUUUGGCAAAGAGCGUCUUUGAACCUCUGGACAAGGCUGCUGGAAAGACCACCAAAAUCAGUUACGUAGCCGGUUCAGUUGAAGCAGCCUGCGCACUGGGUCUCGCUGAUGGUAUUAUUGAUUUGGUUGAAUCUGGCGAUACCAUGCGUGCUGCUGGUCUGCACGAUAUCCACACCAUCAUGGAAUCUCAAGCUGUUUUGAUCACCAACAAGAAGACCACCCAUAGAGAAUUGUGCGAUAAGAUUGCUUCACGUAUUCGUGGUGUCAUCACUGCUGGCCGAUAUAUGGCUUAGAUUAAAUACACCAUUUUUUUCUUUUUUAUUCUUUUUUGAAUUCACCCACCAAAAUCUACCUGUAACAAUCGAUUAAAAAGUUAUCGAAAAGCAUAAAACUUUGGGGGUAUUUAGUGUUU